AUGAACUAUAUUAACGCCUCUAUUUGUGUUGAUUAUUCUAUUAAUUUACUUCAUGUACUAAGUCAUAUUCCUUCUAUAAUUGUCCCUGUUAAAAUAGAAAACAUACAGGUUAAGGAUGUUUGUUUGGAAGCCUCAAGAGGAUUAGUACCAUUACUCUCAUACCCAUCUAAUACAACUUAUAUUGGGGUUUGUAUUUCAUCAAAUGCCAUUGCCAUUAGAGAUCCUAUUCGUUUAUUAUAUGCUGAAGGACCAAAUGUAUUAAAUCAACUUGACAUUUUACUAACUACAUUUCAAAAAUUACCAGAAACUCCAACUGGUAAUAUUGCUCUUGCCUCACUACAAAUUCAUUACAUUAAUUACGUUGACUCGUUCUUCAAAAAUAAUAAUGGGGUGUUUUGUAUUGAAUUGAAUGGAUCAAUCACUCACUCCAUCCCUCAAUGUCCAAUUGUUUAUUGUGGAACAUUUAAUCCAUUUCAUAAAGCACACAAGAAGAUUAUUGAAUAUAUGUCAAUGAGGUUUAAUCAUCGACCUAUUAUUUUAGAUAUUUCACAGAGAAGUGAAGACAAAUCAGUCACCUCUUUAACUAAUGUCUUUAUUAGGGCUUCACAAGUUGCUGGUAAAUAUAAAGUAAGUAUUUCAAAUACUUCACUUUAUAUUGAUAAGUGCAAGACUUACCCUGGAGGUACAUUUGUUGUUGGAUUAGACACUGCUGUUAGAAUUCUCAAUAAGAGGUAUUAUCAAAAUAGUGAAAUUAAUUUAAAAAAGGCAAUGCAAGUUAUUGCAAGUAUGGGUUGUAAUUUUAUUGUUGUUGGAAGAAAAGAUGACAUUACAAAUCGUUUCUUAGAAUUUGAUUCUGUUAAAUCAACACUUCCAGCAAAGGAAUAUCAUUAUCUAUUUAUCUCCCUUAAUGAAAAAGAAUUUAGAUAUGAUUUAUCGUCAACUUACCUUAGAGCCAAUGGGAUUGUUAUAAAUAAAAACAUAUUACCAAAACUUUAA